CAUUAUUGCGAUUAUUUCAACAGGAACAACUGCUGUAACCUUUGUAAGAGACACCACUUCCUUCUUCAAAAUUAACAAUAUCCCACUAUUUGACCCACUCCAAAUUCUAGUUUUUAUAAUCUCUCAAAAUUGUAUCAUUAUGGAUAAAUAUCACCUUUAUUCAUGUGAAUGGAAAAACUGGAUCUCAUUAAUAUGGUUUAAAAAAUAAAAUUAAGAAUUACUUUUCUUCUUUAUGCAUGCUAGUGCAUACACAUCAGCCAAUAUUGUUUCAAGUUAUGUCUCAAUGUUUUGUGUUUUGACCAAGAUGUUUUGCAGUCCCUUCCACUUUCUUUCUGUUUUGUUGAAUGGUUUUGUUUAAUUUUAUUUACCCAUUAACAUAUAUAUGGAAGUGUUUAUUUAUUAUUUUUGUUAUAGUUAUUAUAGCCUUGCUGUUGUUUUUAGUUCCUUUUUUCAUGGGUCUUUGUAUUGUUAUUGAUUAGCCUGGCAUCCCCAGACUAAUUCGCAAAUACGCAUUAUCUAUUUCCAAUCUGCCAGAGCAAAUGAAACAUGAGCUUGACAGAUUUGCCUGGUUCCCAGGCUAGUUAUUGAUAGGAAUGCACUAUUAUUGUUCCUACAAGAAUUUGUAUCAUGAGGUCAAAUGUUUGGUCAAUUGUUGUAAGAUAUGUUGUAAGAUAUGUUAGUAAUUUAGUUUAUUUUAAAAGGGACAAUACCCAUUGAUAAAUAGAUUUUUUUUAAUGUGCUGGUUAGGUAAACAACUAGACACAUUUUCAUUUUAUUUCUUCCCAAAUAUGUGGACAUUAUUUUAUUUUAGGCACUCUUCAUUGAAAGAAUUGAAAAAACAGAGACUGAGACUACCACCAUUUUGCUGAUGCAAAUAAUUACAAGUCAGUGUUUAUAUUGUUAUUGUUUUAUUUAUCAACUUGUAUACAUCAAUUUUAACUUUUGUCAUAGACAGAUAUUUUUAUUUCCUUCCCAAGAACUUAAAUGAGCGACCGGUCCAACUUUUCUUUAAGUGCGUAUUGGGUUUUACGAGGAGCUCCUGAAGGAGACACUGAUUGGCACCGGAUGCACCUGAGCUGAGAAACGGGUUUUGACUAAAGACAGGAGUGUUAGAGAAAAUGAGAUUGGAAAUCAUUGUUUGAUUUAUGUAGGCAGCCUGAAAUGAAAACAGGCCAUACUGUGCUUGUUUUCAGUUGUAAUGUUUAUACCUGUCAGUUUCAGGUUUUCAGCUUGAAAUGAAUGAAAUUGCAGAAGGGCACAACAGGUUUGCCAACCAAAAGAGAUCUCCAUCUACUUGCAGCUCCCCUCUGUCGUCCCCCAGCUGCAGCUCCACCCAAACAUGGCUGCCGGUCGAAACACCUUUGCGUCCUCCCUGGAUGAAUGAUCGUCAAAUGGAGCACGGCCAGGAUUCUCGGAACAACCACGUUGAGAUGCAAUCGAGUCCUCCGUCUCAUUUCUAUGAGGAACUCUUCUGUACCAGCCAGACUUCCAACACUCUGGUCCCUCUGGCUGGCGCCCUCGUGACCUCCACCGGGCCGCAGAGCGAUGUGGUGAAACAAGGUUACCUGGGGAAGCUUGAGCGGACCCACAGAAGAUAUUUUGUCCUGAGAGCAGGAAGUCACACCGGACCGAGCCGACUCGAGUGGUACAAGAGCCAGGAGAAGUUCACAGCAAUGGAGAAGUCUGCUGGUAAAGCUGCGCUGUUUGGCUCAAGCAAGCAAGGGGUGAUUUACCUGAGGUGCUGUCUUGGUGUGAGCCGGAUUGGCAGUUCCAGGAAAGGCCACACGGUGGCGCUGUAUGCCAAGGAUCAGACCAUGGUGCUAGUGGUGGAGGACCAGUGGGAACAAGAAGAGUGGUAUCUGGCCAUUAAGAAACUGAUGGAGGAAGAGCAGAAGGAUGAAGAGCAUGGAGAAGGGUUAGAUGAAGAGGAUGAUGGAUAUUGCACUCUGCCUCCUGCUGCUUUCUUCAAAGAGCUCCCUUCACCUUGGUCUAAGGUUUGGCCCGUCACGGUAAAGCCCAGAGGUCUGGGCUGUUCCAAGUCCCUGGCAGGGGAGAGCCGGCUCUGCCUCACAGCUACGUCUCUCAUCUUGGUCAGAGUGAGUGCAUGCAGAGAUUUUCCAUCGGUUACAAUACCUUUGCUUAGUGUUCGGCGCUUUGGCCACUUGGAUGGCUCAUUCUUCUUGGAGCUUGGCAGGUCAGCCCCAAACGGUCCUGGAGAGAUCUGGAUGGAAGCAAGAGACCAAGGAAACCCAGCAUUAGCCCAGCACAUUCAUGAGGUGGUCCGCGAGACUGUAAGGGCACUACGAGCUCUUCCUGACUUCAACCGGUCACCGACCUCCAACCACAAUCAGCUUCAAACCCUUGUGGCCUCAAAACGCUGCAGACCCAAAUACAGAGACAAGAUGGUGAUUGUGAGACCACUUGGUUCUCGCCUAGCCCUGCACCCCAGGAACCCUGAAAUCCAGACAAGUCCAACACAAUGUUACCUAGAGCCCCCCAAAUCAGACAAAACAGACCCUGAAUCUACUCUGAGCUCCACCUCACAUCUCAGCCCUUUCAGAUCCUAUCAGAGCUCCAUGUCUGAGACUGGUAGCUAUAUGGAAAUGAAGAUGGACCAUCAUCUCCCAUUGAACGAAGGGAGGGGAAACGACUACAGAAGAGCUGCCAUGGUGACCGGAGACCACUGCAGUGUUGCAGCCUGUGGGAUGGAGGGCUGGGAGCCAGUUGAGGAGCAGGAGGGGCCGAGUUACAUGAUGAUGUCACCACAGGUAAGCCACAGUUCGUCUGUGCUGCCUCAGGAUGACUAUGUGACCAUGGCGAGCCCACAUAAACACGACUGGCCUGCCUACUCUUCCCCCUCCUCUUCCCUUCAGACAUCAUUCAACAGCUCCACCUGUGACAGCUACUCUCCUCUGCACCCGUCACAUCAUCAGACUAAUGAGCUCAGUCAGCCACACUGGCUGGUGAGCUCAGCCCAACAGUCAGAAACAGAAGCUGGCCAAUCACAGACGAGCAUAAGCUGUUCCACUCGACCACAGGAUGAGCAGAAAUCAGCCAAACAGAGUCGACUUGUAGCGCAGACCAGGGCCACUUCGUCUCCUGUGAGGAGCGUUGAUGGGUCUGGCAUGAUGACUCCUUUUGUCACAAGUGGACCAGGCUAUACCAGGGCAGUCCAGGCUAGUCCGAACUCUGGUACAGGCCAGUCUAGUCGACUCCACGCUGUAUCAGACCAAUCUGUUAGAUACCGGCUGUCAUGGUGUCUGCCUUCUUGCCUGCAAGCUGAGGACAGAUCCUGAGCGUUUGUAAUAAUUACCUGUUUUGUUAACAUCCAUAAUCUGAACAGGAGCUACUUAUUUAUUCUGGUGCAGCAGGUGAGAUUGUGGUUAGAGGCCACAAAAAGUAAAAACUUCUGGCUGAUGAAGGAAUAAUAAUAGUAUGUUGAACUUUAUCACUUGCAUGUUGCACACUUGCUGUGACAAUGCACAUGCAUAGAGGGGCUUUAAAGUCUUACAAAAUGAAGUUGUCUUUGACACUUUUAGUCUUAUUUGUCUGUAAAUGCACUCAGUGUUUGAUUUCAGUUUUUUUUCAAAUUUCUCUUUUGGUGUGGGAUUAAACAAAGCCAUGGGUUUUGGUCUAAACCACACAGCACUUAAAGAUACUCCACUGUUUAUAUGAAAAAAUGAAAAGAAUAAAGUCACAUGAAUGCA